UUAUUAUUUUAUAUAUAUAUAUAAUCAUCGCGUGUGGGAUUUUAUGUAUAUACAUAUACAAAGAAACAAAAAAAAUCAAGUAUAAAAUGAGUAGUGUGUUUCAGGGUCGAGGUGGGGGAUUAAAUAGCCACGUUUGAGUUUGAAUACCUGUAAAAAAAUAUAGUCAGGUAGAGGCUAAAAGCAGACUUAAGUAUACUUGGGGGAAUAUUAACAUAUACAUUUUAUAAAUUCAGUUUUAAAAAGUACACCGGCAAGCUAACAUGCGCUCAUGUAUAAAAAAAAACAAAACAAAAGUUUAGUUUUUAAUAUUAGCUAUGAAAAUUAUUUUUAUUAAUUGGUUUUAUUUAAUUGAUAUAUUAUUGACAAAUAAAUAAAAAGUGUAUUUUGGUGUAAUAAUAAUAAUUGUUAAAUGUGAUAAAAAAGAAAAUUAAAAAAAUUUACUUAUGUCAAUGAAAAAAAUGUGGUUUCACAAGGAAAUGAAUUCCAAGUUUUAUGUGAAUUCAAAUUACGAAAAUAUAAAUUGCAAUGACAAAAAGAUGGAGACUGAAGUACAAAAUUUAAAAAAAGAAUUAAAUCAUACACGUAAUGAUUUAAAAAUAUCAAAAAAAAAAUGUCAUGAAUUAAUUAAAAAUCUUGAUAAUCAAAAAAUAUAUCAUCAAUCAGAAUAUAAUUUACGUGAUAAACAAUUAACAAAAAUAUUACGUGCAUUAUUAGUACUUGAAUCACGUUUACGUCAAGAACAAAAAACAAUACGUCAACAAUUAAUUGAAAAAGAUAAUACAAUACGUACACAACAAAUGGAAAUAUCAAGAUUACGACGUCAAACAAAAAAUUAUAUUAAAAUUAAUAAUAGAGAAAAUAAUAAUAAUAAUAAUAUUAAUAUUAUUAAUCCUGGUGAUUUAAAUAAUGUUAAAGAAAGUGAUAAUUGUAAUUAUAUUAAUGACAUUGGUAUAACUGGUUUAAAUAAUAAUAAUUUACGUAAUCAUAUAAACAGAUUAAAACUUGAACUUGUUAAUAAAAUUGGUUCAUAUGAUAAUGUUAAUAAUAAUAAUUAUGAAUUUGGUGUUAAAAAAACUGAUAGUUUUGCUGGUUCUGAUGUAUCAAAAGAAAGUAUUGGUAGUGAAAAUACUGAUGCAUCAAUAUUAACAACAACAACUGAGGGUAGUUUAUCUGUUUUAAGUACUGAAGGUUUUUGUGAAGGUGAAAGUACUGAUGUAUCACCUGGUUCAACACUUAAUAAAUCAUCUAGAUAUAAAAAUUUAAAUAUUGAGACUGAUAUGUGUAUAAAAAUAUUGGAUUGUCAUGAUAAUAAUAAUGAUGAUGAUGAUGUUGAUAAAUAUUCUAAAAGAAGAUUGGGUGUAUCAAGAACAGAACCAAUGGAAAUAUUUAAUAAUCAAAUUUGUAAAAUAUCAAGAAGUGACAGUAAAGAUGAUGGAAUGGAUUGUAAUUUUAUAUCAGGAGAAGAAGAAGAUGAUGACGAUGAUGGAGAAGAAAAAGAAGAUAAUAAUGCUGAACCAAUUUACGUUAAUGCUUGUAGUAAUGAUAAUAAUUCUACGAAAAAUAUUGAUGACAAUGAUGUAAAAAUUUUAAAUGACAAACAAUUCAAUAGCAACAAUAAUGAAGAUAAAAAUAAUAAUAAAAAUAGAUCAUUACAACCUCAAGAUAAAUCAAUUGAAGAAACAAGUGGUAAUUGGUACAGUGAUCCAGAUGAAGAUCGUAUUAGUGAAGAAUUUUCACGUCAUAAUACAUAUCGUACAAAUAGUAAACAUAAUUCUGUACUUGAAUGUGUUAAUCAAAUAUUAUUACGUGAUAUGGAAGAUGAAGAAAAUAUACAAUCUGUAUCUAAAAAAUUUAAACAUCGUGGUAGAAUUGUUAGUUUUCAACCAGCAAGAUUAUCUGAUAUUGAAUCAGUUGGUUCAGAAAUGGAAAGAAGAAAUUCUGAAGAAGUUAAUAAUGAUAAAGAAUCACAAAAUUUUGAAUCAAAUAAUUCAGAAGAUGAUUAUAUUAUAAUAAAUAAUAAUAAUAAUAAUAAUUUAUCAUCAACAAUAACAUCAUCUGAAUGUAUUGAUUCUGAAUCUGGUAUUGAUGAAGAAAUAAUUGAUAAUAAUGGUUUAGCAAGAGCAAUACCAAUUGUUAUUAUUGAACCAGAUAUUAAUGAUAUAAAUAGAAAAUUAUCAUCAUCACCAAAUUUAUCAAUAAAAACAUGUAAUUCAUCAAAUAAUAAUUCACUAAUACGUCUUGAAAGUAUUGAAGAAAAAACAUGUUUAUCAAUGUCAACAAAAAAUUUAACAAUUGCUAAAAAUUUAGAUUAUGAAGAUAUUGAAUCACUACCAGAUUUAACAUUAAAAACACCACCAGCAUUACCACCAAAACCAAAAUUUAGAACAAAUACAUUGAUAUUAAAAAAAAUACCAAGUCCAUCAUUUUUUAUUGAUGAAAAUAAAAAUAAAAAUUCACCAAAUCGUGAUACAUAUAUUAGAAAUUAUUAUAAAACAAAUAAACAAAUUAAUAAAACAACUGGUACAACAACAGCAAGAAGUCUUGUAUUUCGUAAAAAAUCAUUAAAUGAUAUUGAUAAUAUAAAUUAUGAUAUAUUAAAUAAAAAUAAUAGUAAUAAUGAUUUAUCAUUAAUACCACGUGUUGGAAAUAUUGUACGUCAUUUUGAAGAAUUUAAAAUUGGUAGUGAUACUGAUAUACGUAUUAAUAAAACCAAAGAUCAUAAAAUAAUACAAAAAAUUGAUGAAAUUGAUAUACGACAAAAUUUUGAAGAAUUUAAUUUUGAUGAUUGUGAUUUAUCAGAUGAUCCAGAUCGUCUUGAUGGUGAUGGUUCAGAUAAACUUGUUAAUAAUAUUAUUAAUAAUGAUACAUCAACAUCAUCAACACCAUCAUCACCAUCAUCACCAACAAAAACAACAAUAAAUAAUAAUGAUGAUAAUAAUAAUCAUUCAAGUGGUAUUUAUGAUCAUUUUCUUGAAGCAACUGGUUUAAGCACAAAAUCAAUAUUAACACCAUCAAGACUUAUAAGCAAUCACAGAGAUAUGCUUAAACCCAAGGAUAUAAAAUAUAAAAAUAAAAUUAAAUCAAAUACAAUUAAUGAUAAAAAUAAUUGUUCAACAACAAGUGGAACAUCAUCAUCAUCAUCAUCACAAACACAUGUUAAACAUUGGACUGGUCCAUUUGUAUGAUGAUUAGCAGCCUCGGUUUUUGGAAGUCCAAAAAAAAGUCAAAAAAAAAUUACUUCCAUAACCGAUUUAUCAAUUAAAAAUUUAACUGCAUGGAAAAAUAAAUAAAUAAUAAUUGACAUUAUUUAAUAAAUGUCAUUAAUUUAAUUUAUAUAAAAAAAAAAAAAAAAUUUCUUCAAAUUUAUCUUGUCGUUUUUUUUUCUGUUUUUGUUAUUGUUGUUUAAAUAUUUUUGGCUUUAUAAAUAAUUUAAUCUAAAAAAAAAAUAUAUAUAUAUAUAAAUAUAAUUUGCAAUAAAUUUUUAAUAACUAUAAGUAUAAAUUUUUUUAAAAAAAUAUAAACAAAUAUCAUAAAAAAAUAGUUUUAAAAAAAAUAUUGUAAAUAUUUGUGUUUUGUAAAAGUUGAUAUAUGUUCAAAGCAUUUUUUUUUUUAUUAUAAAAAUAUUGAUAAAUAAUAAAUGUCUGCAUUACCGAAUAGUAUUGUAAUAUUAUUCGACAAAAAAAAAAAUAAUAAUAAUCAUAAUAAAUAAUAAC